AUGGGCUUGCAGCGUUGCUGGUGCGGUCGCAGGAUCACACGAGAGGAAGCAGAGCUGGACGUGGAUUCUGGGUCGGAGGUUUCAUGCACCGACGUCGGUAUCUCUACGGAGUAUGCUUCGACUGAAUGGGGUUCCUGGUCAGACGGCACCGUUUACUGUAUUUUGCUUCUGGACGUGGACAGCGCAGUGGGGCUGCAAGACAGUGCAACCAGGUCGGUUCGAGCUAUGGACCUGGUUGUGGGACAGGAGUUACUGGCUUGGCCUGCGACGACACGCCUUGUUGUGAACAAUUUGCAACAGUUGGAGUCAAGGCUGUGCGCUGUUGCCCGGGUCACUUGUCAGCAUGGCAGCCAUGAAAGCUGCGUGUGCGUUUUGGCCAGUCAGCGGGUCGCCGUACAGGAUGGCUGGGCAUCUGACGAGCCAGGUGUUUCCGAGGCACGGCAGUUGAAGGCUGGUAAUGUUCUACAUAGUUUCGCAUCGAAGCUGGUGGUGACAAAGGUGGAGCUUGAGACAGUGACAACCCGCCUGCUCGUUGUGGAGCUUGACACGGGCAGUUUCCAAGGUGCCCUUUUCCUCGGAGACCCACUCGAUGAGUUUCCACGCCUCACCCACUUGGAAGUGCAUGGGUCUCAAUAUCCUCCGGAUGAGGAGGACCCAGCUGACACUCUCAGCAGCAUUUCCUUGGUCCAGGGUCCUGCAGCUCAUGGCCGGCAACUCGACCUCUCUGAGGAAAGUGGCGGCAGGUACAUGAUCCCACCAAUCCUGGCAAGCCAUGCCGACAUCGCUUCUGCGGGCCGGCAAGCAUGCCAUGAACCAACCAGCGGCGUCGUCUUCGUGGUCGUACGGUCGUAG